UAUUACAAAAUUUAUAUAGAAGCUGCUUUUAUAUAAUGAAAUUUAAAGAGACUGUGAAUGACGAAAUAUUGACAAAAGAAUCACAUAAGGUCAAUUAUGAAAUGAAAAUUGUUUGGAAAAAUGUAAUAAUUUUCACUUAUAUUCAUCUUUCCAUCCUUUACGGAUUAUAUCUGUUUGCCUUUUACGCCAAACUGUGGACGAUUAUCUGGUUUUAUAUUAUUGCUGUUCUUUCGGGUUUUGGCAUUACUGCUGGCGCUCAUAGAUUAUGGUGUCAUCGGUCUUAUAAAGCGAAAUGGCCACUGAGACUCAUUCUUGUAAUUCUCAAUGCUGCUGCUCUCCAAGAUAACAUUUUCGUGUGGGUUAGGGAUCAUAGAACGCAUCAUAAAUUCACUGACACUGAUGCGGAUCCGUAUAAUGCGCGUAGAGGAUUUUUUUUCUCGCAUAUCGGAUGGCUUAUGGUUCAUAAACAUUCGGACGUCAUUAACAAGGGUGCUACGAUUGACAUGAGUGAUAUAGAACGAGACCCCCUCGUGGUCUUUCAAAGAAAAUGGUAUUCAUAUUUGGUAGUACUCUGUUGCUUUAUCAUACCAAUAUUAGUACCAUGGUUGGCAUGGAAUGAGAGUUUCUGGUAUGCAUGGCACAUGUCCGUGUGCAGAUAUGGUUUAAAUUUAAAUUUUACUUGGGCGGUGAAUUCUGUGGCUCACUUAUGGGGUGAAAAACCAUAUAAUAAAUCAAUCAGCUCUACCGACAAUAUUGCAGUUUCUAUCAUGGCUCUUGGCGAAGGCUGGCACAAUUAUCAUCACAUUUUCCCUUGGGAUUACAAAACAGCGGAAUUUGGAAAUUAUGGGUUGAAUUUUACCACAGCAUUUAUCGACUUCUUUGUUUAUUUAGGUUUAGCUUACGAUUUAAAAACUGCAUCCGCCGACAUGAUAAAAAACGUUCUCUUCAAAGCAAUGAAAAUAAGAGUUACUAACUAAUCGUGCAAAAUUAAAGGAUCCCUCGACUGUCUAUAUUACCCACUAUACAUGAAAUGUAUAUGUAACAUUUCAAAUUGUUUCAUAUAGGUUUCAAAUAAUACAUUCCAUUUGUA